AUGUCUGUAGAAAACAUGGACGUUGAAGAACUUUAUGUCGUCGUAGAUUCAAAUAAACCAAACUUAAAUGAAAGGACAAAUAGAACUUUAAAAAGACCGGGACUUGACUCGCAAACAACUACAAAUGGUAUUGAAAAGUACCAUCCGCAGCCUUUUAAAGAGAGUCGAACGGGCUUUGUAUAUGACAUACGAAUGCGGUACCACGGCAAUUUACACGAAGGUGAAUACCAUCCCGAAGAUCCAAGUCGAAUAAGUGGGAUAGCAAAGAUCUUGGAAACUUACAACUGCACCGAAAGACUUGUAAAAAUACCGGCUAGAGAAGCCACUAAAGAAGAGGUAUGUCUAGUGCACUCUGUAAAGCACUGGAACGAAGUGGAUAAAACUGCAGGAAUGAAAUUUGAACAGCUAGUUGAAACUGGCGAUCAGUAUAACUCUGUUUAUUUAAAUAAUGAUUCCGCUUUUUGUGCGCGCCUUGCGUGUGGUGGAGUGAUUGAACUAUGCAAGGCGGUUAUGCAAGGGACAGUGACAAAUGGUUUUGCAAAUGUUCGUCCGCCUGGACAUCAUGCUGAACCUGAGGAGGCGAUGGGGUUUUGUCUUUUUAAUAAUGUCGCUGUCACAGCAAAAUGUCUAAGGGAAUAUCAUCAUGUGAAUAAAAUACUAAUUUUGGAUUGGGAUAUUCAUCAUGGUAAUGGAACACAAAAAGCUUUUUAUAAUGAUCCAAAUGUAGUUUACUGUUCAAUACAUCGUUACGAGAAUGGAGAAUUUUAUCCUGGCUCUGAACAAGCUAAUUAUACUUACUUUGGAUCCGGUGAGGCAAAAGGAAAAACAAUUAAUAUUCCUUGGCCUCGUGCUGGGAUGUAUGACAGUGAUUAUAUUUACGCUUUCGAUAAAGUUGUAAUGCCUAUAGCUGAUGAAUUCUCGCCUGAUAUUGUUAUAGUAUCGGCGGGAUUUGAUGCGGCCGAAGGCGAUCCAAUUGGUGAAAAUCAUGUGUCACCAAUAGCUUUUGGGCAUAUGACACAUAGAUUAAAAAGUAUAGCCAAUGGAAGACUGGUGUUAGCACUAGAGGGUGGUUAUAAUAUUGAUUCUAUAAGCCGAUCCGCUCUAGCUUGCGUUAAAGUCUUGCUCGGCGAAGCUCCCGAUAGGCUUCCUCCUAUCAAACCAAGUAAAGAUUGCAUGGAAACGGUUCAUAAUGUAUUGCGUGUGCAAUCGCGUUAUUGGAAAUCAUUGGCACCGGAACAUGUAGAAAUUGCUGAAGGUAUGAGAAAAUUAAAAUAUUACUGUGGGCGUAAAGGGUGUGAUCAAGAUAUGGGCGCGGUUAUCAAGGAAAGGACACUAGGAAAAAUUGCUAUCGAUAUGACAGAAAUGUUAAAAGCAUAUCGAGUAAGAUAUCUAUAUGAAACAUUUAGGAUGGUACCAGCACCUAUAUCGAAUGAUCAUUUAAAAAAAUUCAAUCAAAUCACUUGCAGUCAAAACCUAUUCACUUCGAAUAUUAUAUUCAUAUUUGUUCAUGAGACAAAUCGUACAUGGCAAGUUUCUAUAAUAUCGGAAAUUGAUUCUUCGUUACGGUUCAUAGAUACAAUAACCAAGCAAGAUUGUGCUAUAAUUGAUAUCGACUUUUCUCCGUCGAAUCCAGGAGAUAGUCAAUCACGUCAUGAACUAAAUGAACUGUUGUUAUAUGUAUGGGAUAACAUGAUACUUCACACAGCGGCUAGACAUGUGUUUUUAUUAGGUGCUGGUAUAGGGUGUGCUAGCCUUACAAAUCUAAUUACCGAGAGAGAGCCAAUGAUACUCGAUAGAGUUGGUGGUGUAAUUAUGGUACCAAGUGAAAUUGAAGUGCCAAAGGUCGGGCGUGGUACAAACCUUAUUGAUUGGUAUUAUGAGCAUUCAUGUAUAUUUGUUCCCGGGGAUCAUCCUUAUUGGGAUAAAAAACAAAAAUCUAAAGUAUUUGGACGUUGUAAAUUACCAGUUGGAAACAUUGGAGCCGCUCCUGUUUCUGAAAUUCUUGAUCAAUGCCAUCAAGAAAUUUUCCGAUACGUUUAUACUAUACUUGCCGGUGAAGAAUUGUGA